AUGGGAGUGGAAAGCAAUCGAACACUUGUUACAGAUUUUGUCCUUGUUGGAUUUACAACAGAUCCAUUUCUACGAAUUAUCUUCUUUGUGGUGUUCUUUGUGUCCUACAUCAUUACACUGACUGGGAACCUGGGUCUCAUGUCCUUGAUCUACCUAGACUCCCGCUUGCAUACACCUAUGUACUUCUUUGUGGGCAGUCUUUCCUUCCUGGAUGUCUGGUACUCCUCGGUCUACACUCCUCGGAUCUUGUCUGACUGUGUAUCCAACAAUAAUCACAUGUCUAUAGCUGGUUGUGCAGCACAAUUGUUCUUCUCUGCUGGCUUGGCCUACAGUGAAUGCUUCCUACUGGCCUUCAUGGCCUAUGACCGCUAUGUGGCCAUCUGCAAUCCACUUCUUUAUACCACUGCCAUGCCCAAGAAGCUCUGCAUCCAGCUGGUGGUAGGAGCUUACAUAGCUGGCUUUGCCAAUGCCAUUGCACAUAUUAGUAACACUUUCCGCCUACGCUUUUGUGGGAACAACGUCAUCAAUCACUACUUUUGUGAUGUGCUGCCUCUUCUGAAAAUGUCCUGUGAUGAUAUAGGAUUCUAUGAAGUCAUUCUGACUGCUCUCAUAGGUUGCAAUUGGCUGGUAACCUCAACUAUCAUUCUGAGCUCCUAUAUUGGUAUUGUAGGAGCCAUCAUUCGUAUCCAUUCGUCCGCAGGGAGACGCAAAGCCUUCUUCACUUGCUUGGCCCACCUGGUGUCAGUUACGCUAUUUUAUGGCUCCAUUCUCAUUAUGUAUUGUAGACCCAAAUCUCAAAACACUCCAAAUUGGAACAAGGCAAAUGCAUUGUUCUAUACCAUAAUUGGCCCUCUGGUUAACCCUUUCAUUUAUAGUUUACGCAACAAAGAUGUGAAGGCAGCCUUCAAGAAAGUCUGGGAGAGAGUCACAUCAUCUAAAUGA